CAGCGAGAGCAGGAGCCGAAGUUCCCCCAGAGGAAGGAGCGGGACCCGCGCGUGGGGGCGGGCGGGGGCUGCAGCGGCAGGUCGGCGCUUCCGGACCUGGCGGCAGCAGCUGUAGGCUCCGCGGUGGCGGUGGCUAGGGAGGGGGCGUCUCUGCUGCUCGGGCCGGAGCGACCCUGCCGGCUGCGCUCGCCCCCGGGCUCCACCUGCCCCGCGGAGAGGGAGGCAACGGGCCGCGCCCAGCAGGGGGACGAUGACGAGACCCUCAGAAAAUACAAAGGACAUUCUGGUGAUUUACGAAGAAGAGGCAGAAGAAUGGGCUCUGUAUUUAAAAUCGCUUUUCAAACACAUUAUAAAGGAAGAAGGAAUCUUACUUUACAACCUAGAGACUUUAUCUUUUCAGCAUCUGGGGUCACACUCUCUAUCCUGUUAUAGAUGUAAACUGCUCAUACUAUCAAAUGGACUUCUAAAAUGCUUGGAUCAAAAGAGAAGAUAUUUCUUGGACAGGGUCCUUGAGCCUCCAGGUAGGGUAGUGAUUCUACUUUGUGGGGUGGAGAACUCAGACGUUCUACAUGAGAUACUGACCUUAGACCAAAGAAGCCAAGAGAUCUCCACCGAUCAGGAUCCCGCGGAAUAUCUCUCCAUUGUUGCUGGUGUUAUUCAACAAGAUGAACCACAGAAUGAAGAAGCCGAGGAGUCACUGUCUUGCAUCUAUGAAACAGUUCUUGCAGAUGAUUACCAAGAUCACUCUGAAGUUAACUUGCAGUUGGAUGAAGGAGGAGUAUCAGUGAAAACAGAUGUGAGUUUGGAAAGUGAGGUAGUUUCUGAAACGUUGGAAACUAUAAGACCAUCAGUAUUGGUGCUACCAGAAAGGAUAUCAUGUGAGAACCCUGGUGAAAUAUUCAUUCUUUUGAGAGAUGAAAUAACUGAAACUGUAGAAAUUGAAUUCAUAACGGACAAUCAACGAAUUAGGACACAGCCAGCCUUUUGGAAUCAGAAGGUCAGAUGCAUGAAAGCUUUAGAUUUUCCGGCUGGCCCUGUAAAUGUAAAUGUCUACUGUGGGGGAGUCAAUAAGGCCGUGACACAGAUUGAAUACUACACAGCAGUAGAGGAGAUUGAACGCAUAUUUAAAAAAGUGGCUGAUCCAAUAGCUUUUGCUUGUCAGGCUUUCAAGUUUUCUUCUGUGGAGAAGCUUGACAGUACUCUGACCUUCUUAUUGAAAAGCAAGCAGUCUGCUUAUGAAUUCAGCGCUUUCCCGAAUGAAGUGCACCAUCAACAAGCUAAUUCCUAUUGGGAAGAGCUUCCUACACUUCUCCACUGUGCAGCUAAAUUUGGAUUAAAGAACCUUGCUACUCUUCUACUCCAGUGUCCUGAGACAAGUCAGGCUUGCAGAAUAGCCAACAAACAUGGAGAGAAACCAGCACAUAUUGCUGGAAAGCACGGGCACAACGAACUCCAAAAAAUCAUCCAAGAAUUGUCAAUUAAUACAACCAAUAAAGAAGACGGUGAUCAGGAGGAGGAGGAGGAGGAAGAUGGAAUUUAUGUGGCCAUGCUGAGCUCAGCCCCUCACAUUACCUCUCCAUUAACAGACAGACAGAGUAUAGGAGACCAGAGUGGAGUCAGACAGAAAGCCUGGGAGGAAUCAGGCAAGAGGGAAGAGGAGAAGAAGGAAGAAAAGGAAGAGGAAGCUAAAGAAGUCAAGGAAGUGGAAGAAAAGAAAGAUGAAGAAAAUAAUUCAGAGGAAAAGUCAUACAGCUUUGAUGACGACAAUGACAAUUUAUAUGCCAGCAUACCUGAUGACAAUCCUGAAGUGGGUGGAAGAGACUCCUUUUUCCUGGACAAGCCACCCCUACCUCCUCGAGAUCCAUCUCCCACUAUAAAACAAGAUUAUAUUCACUACUUUUCACAAGCAAGGAAAUGGGAUGAAGACAGAAAGGAAAGAGAUGAGAUUUCUGGUCAUCUGGAAGUAUACGGUGGAGAAGAAGAUAAAUCUGAGGACGAUGAAGAGGAUCCGUAUACUUUUGCCGAGUUGGAUGAAAGUGUGUAUGAUAUGAUACUGGCAUCUGAUGAGGAGAAAAGAAAGCAACACGGAUCCUUUAUUAUAAACCGGCCACCAGCACCUACCCCUCGUCCAUUGAGUUCCCCUAAAGAAGAGAACACUCCCUAUAUAGUACAAGUGUUUCAGCAAAAGGGCACCAGAACUCAGAGUGAUAACGAGAAGAUGUACUAUGCUUUCAGGAAACAAGACAAAGUUCCAACUGACACUUCCACCUAUACCACUUUGAGACACAGCAUCCCUUCUGGACAGGAAGAACUGAUCCUUUUGCAGGAACAGGUGAAGAAGGGAACAAUUACUGUGGAUGAAGCACUUGAGAAAUUUAAACAAUGGCAGAAUGAAAAAAGCAGAUUAGAAGUUCCACAGCAGGAAAAAGUACGCCAGCUCAGAGAUAGCAUUAUUGGGAAAAGACCAGAAGAAGAAAUUUUGUAUGACAAAAUCACCAUUGAACAUCAUCCAAAUGUUUGUGGGGAAAACCUUCAUUAUAGAGACCUGCUGUACACCACACCCUUUAACAAACUGCAUCCAACUCGAAACCCACCAGAAAAGGAACAGAUGCCUAAAGAUAAUUAAUGGAGAAUCUUUGGAGAUUUCUCUAGGUUGCCUGAAAGGGUUUGCAUUUUUGUAGUAGGCUUGUGAACUGUACAUCCCGCAAAGCAGUAUCCAGAGGCCUUGAGACAUGGGAAAGGGUAUUCACCAGAAAUUAGUGACAAACAGUGAAGGCUUUCUAUCACUGGGAAAGCUGGGAUACUGCUACCCUGAGAAAAAUAAGAAAAUCAAUGUACCUUUGCCCAGUUCUGUGUAUAAUUCACAACUGAUAAUUUUAUGUAUGAGAGAGACAAGGGUGGUGAGGAAAUAUCUUUUAUAGGAGCAACUUCUGUUGGUGAGAGAGACAAGCUUAGCGCUACGAGAUGAGGGAUUCCUAUGCAGCAGUGGCUCUGGUCCCCUUAUUGCAAAGUGCACCUUUCAGUAAGGGGAUUUCAAAGCAGCAGUAGUACUUCAUUAACCAGCCUCUCAGACACAAUAUAGCACUGAGGGGCACUUUCCCUUUAUUAGUGAACAUAUGUAAUGGAAUGAAGGGAAGUUAGUAUCCUAGCAUGAACUUAAAAUGCCUCACCAAGGACCACCACUGACAUCAAAGCUAGCCACUGAGUUGAUACUGUGUGCUAGGGACUACAUAGUUGUACAGAUAUAUCCUGUAGGACCACAGGUACCUCACUUCUAUGGCAGAACUAAAUCAAUGCUGCAAAUUAUUUUCACGUAAGGGGGGCAACUUUAGACUCUAGCUAGGACACCGUGAGAGAUGAAAGCUGUCCAAGGAAUGCACUCAAUCAAGCAUUUUCUAGAUGUUCUGGACUCAUCCCAUCUCUGGCCAGCUUUGCACACUUGUGGGUUACACCUGCACUUCCAGCCCCUUGGCAGAACAGGGCAGGUUCAGGUUGCUUGCACCUCUGUAUCCUAAUUUAGGUGCUCACAGCCUGUGUCUUGUAUUCAGAAGUUGCUGGAACCCAAGGAGUGACCCAAGCCGAAAGUCAUUCACUAACAGCGAAAUAUACAAAUAUGUAGUAGAAAGUGUGAAGAAGAUGGGAGAUAUCUGAAAUGUUUUUAUUGAUAUGCUGUGUACCUCUUCUAUUUGAUUGCACCACGUAUUAGACAGCAUGAUAGUAAAGAGUUAACUCAGACUUGGGUGGUUUUACACAUCUGCAGAAAGGCAGACAAUGGUUGUAAAUCCUUAAUACUUGACAAACAAUAUGGGUGUCAAAAGAUGUUGCUCUUUUGUCACUAUUCAAGGGGAGCACAACCACCCCUAGCUUAUGGCAGGACCAGAGCCCUGCAGAGAGAAAGUUUGAAGAAAGAAUUUGGAAAUUAUUAAAAACACUGGCCCUGAAACUGAAGGCAGAGGCAGGUCUGCAAAAAAAAAUUGUAAUCCAGUCCCCAGGAGAGUGGGUGUAAGGGCUAAAUUGGACCUAACUAAGGCUUGCUAUGGAAAUGCUAUGCUUAGAUAAGAUGCCAUGUGUGUAGACCUUUUGUUGUUCUAACCCUUGCCUGUCUGAUCGAUUUAGUCCUAUGCAUGAAUACAUAAUGUUUUGUUUUGAAAAAAAUGAUCAAGAUCACUGCCUUUUCAUCUAGUCACAGGUUCCUGAAUGGAAGCCUGUAGCAGGGGCCAAAUAUAGUUGGAUCUGCUGGGGAAACACAGUUGGUAAACAGGGGUUUUGUAACCUGGAAACCCAAUCUAUAAGUGGGACAAAUCACAGGAUUCCACUCUGAGAAGUGUUGGCACUGGGUCUGGCACUUGGAAGGCUACCCAUGAAGAGACUGAGAGAGAGCUCAGAGAUAUAACUUAUCCUGAAACAAUGACAGUGGGGUACAAGAGAAUGGCCCUAUUAUUUUCAAAGGGAUUUCCCUUCACCAGAGAAUUUGGAGCCGUCACUGGAAAGUUAACCACUGAGGUUUUUUGCUGUUUCUUUUUACACUAUAUUCUGUUUGUAUGCUGUUUAUUUCCAGCACCACAACUGGUUAAUAAAGAGAUCACUGAGGUAAUACAAAGGUAUUAAUGUAAGGAGACUGUUCACAGAGAAACACUAAUUAGCUAUCAGCUAUAGCCAUUCAGUAAUCUGUCAUUUAAAUGAUGAGAGGAUUAUGUGUAUUUACUACUCCCGUUUUCAGCAGCAGCAGAGUUUGCUGAUGGGCUUUGUUAAUGAAUGUGACCUUUUUACUUUGGGCAUCUCAUUAUAUCCUGUUGGAAUAUUAACUGCUCUCUCUAGUAGUUCAUUGACAACCUAUCCUAUUGCAUAUUGUACCUCAAGGACUCUGUUUUAAUCACCAGUUGCUACCUGCACUUUCUUUUCUGUUCCGUAUAUUGCUUUUAAAAC